GAAAUACAACUCCAUAAUAUUCAUUUAACAUGCGAGUUGUCAGGAAAUUGUUUUGAUAGCUUUGGAAUAAAUAUAAUUGAUCAUUACAAUUGGUACGAUACGUCUAUUGUGAAAACCAGUAAACAAUGUGGAAUAACUGUUGAGGAUUUUAUCAUAUAAACUUUCUCCUUAGAUAUUUGUAAUCACGGAGUGGGUUGGUGUACUAAUGACGGAAAGCUACAAGUUACAACGAUAAGAUUCUUAUAGUGGUAGUUACGAUUCUUAAUUUUCUUAUUGCAAUAAGCACUUGUGUAACUUAUCAGAAAAGCGUUGUUUAUAUGAUAGUGUCGUCUUAAGUUAAUUAGUAGCCAAUUCUUUCUUGAAAGAUGUUAUAAUAAUUAGAACGCUUUGCAUCAUCUUGAUCUGGCAAGACAAUGCAUAUUUUCGUGAGCUAAAGAAAUGAAACCAACAAGUACGUAUACAUUACUACAUAUAUACAUACAUGAAAACAUAUUUAUUAUUAUUAUGAAAUAGAUUUGAUUUCAUCAUGUAUCAAUUAAUAUUACCAGUUGAAAUUCAUGAAAACAUAAUGUUAUAUCUAACUCGGUAACUUAAUUUUAAAGUGGAAUUGGAGUUUAGAACUUUUUCCAAACUAUUUUAGCAGUAACAAACAUCAUACUUUUAAAAUAUCAUACAUAAUAAAUAUUAAAUAAAAUACAAUACUUAAACCGAAACCUAACCGGGAAUAGUAAGCAAGGAAUCCGAUGCUCUUCUAUCUCUUCGAAUCAGAUAAAUCGUGAUUCGUGACGGCUGAAAAUGAAAAAGAGAAAUUAAGUGUUGUGAUGAUAAACUCAUGGGUUGAGAUGAAACUAUUUUAAAAUAUAUAAUCACUUAUAUAAUGAGGAUGAUAUUUUAAGAUAACAAGUUGGAGAAAGUGGGUUGAUGAUGAAAGGCGUUUCUGGCUCAUUCUUUUAUUGAGGAUGGAUGUACAUGUCUGCUUAAAUCAAAGUGGAUCAUCUGAACCAAAGAACCUUAUUCUUGUUCCCGAUCUCCUCGAUCAACAUUGUUGUUAUUUUUAAUUUAUCUUUGCGAGAUACUCAUGGAAAGUAAAGAUCUAGUGAUGAUCGACCAUUAAGAUUGAUUAGUACAGUUUGUAUGUGUGCUUGCGGUUUAAACGCAAACUCUGAGUUUAAAAGAUUAUAUUCUAUUUGUAUGAAUAUAAUUCAUUUUGGACUAUUUUUCCAUUGAUUGUUAGUAUAACUAAUGACUUUUUGUCUGACGACAAUCUUGAAAUAGAUUCCUUAUGAAAGAUUUGCUUUCCCACGAAUCAACCUUAUGGUAGUAGUGAAAAGAAAAAAAGGUUUGUAUAGUAACUUUAUAGUCAAGAAUUUUAAAAUAACAUAUAUAUUCAUUUCACAUAGCUGCUGAAACCAUGAGACCGUUUCUUCUCCAACAAAAUCCAAUAUAUUUUUAAUGAGUUUAGUUGAAUAAUCAAAAUAUUUCAUUUUCCUCAAUACAAAAGAUAGCUUACACGCCUACCUGCAGAAACUUCUAUGAUGGACUGGUGUGAUAUUCUUUCGAAUUAUAGGUAAGAGAUAUAUAUGUAUCAACGUAUGUCUCAAGUUGAUCAUAUUUAUUCACUUUUUACUUUAGCAUUUUAAAUCUCCACAAAAUUGUGUGUACGUACUCAUCAUAUAAGGAAGUGUUUAAAAAAAAAGUGUUUAAAAAAAAAGUGUUUCAAAAAAAACUCAUCAUAUAAGGUUGGCACUAGGUCAUUUUCUUUUUACAUUUGAUGCGUUUUAACUUUACAGACGAGAUAUUUUCUAAAUAUGCUUAGCUAUUUUAUAAUCUAAAACCAUCUAAAUAAAAAUGUUUUUUUUUCCUUAACCCAUUAUAAAAAACAUGUCACUUGAGCUGCUAAUAUGUUAUUUUCUAAAAUUUCGUUUGCAACUGCAAAUGACAAAUAUAUAUGGUAUUUAGCCAAUAAAAAUUUUCAAAGUCUUUUACGCAAUCCUUUUGUGCCGAAUGAAAUUACUAACAUACAAAUAUUGCCAUUUACUAUUGAUAAAAAAAAUAAUUGCAAGUAAAAACAACUUGAAGCUUCAACACACGUACAUAUAAAGGUCAUUUAAAGUUGAACAAUGACACUAAGUCCAAACGAAAACGAUGGCAGCAUCUUGGACUUUCAUUUUCAAUCCCAUAUUUUCUUUCUUCUGUGUGCUUUUUUAAUAUCAUAUUUCGUUUUAGAAUCAUUCAUAUAAAUAAUGGAGUCAAAAGAACACAUGAGUAAAGGUCCUACCAGCUUUUCACCUAUCUUUUUUCGUAUUAACUUUUUACCAAUUUCUGUGUAUAUAAAUUUGCACUCAGCAUCCAGUUUCCCUUCAUCCACCUAUUCUUCUUAUUCAAACUAGAACCCCAAGAACCAGACAGAGGUUUUCAAACAGAUGUUAUAAGAAAAAGGCAACACUUAGCUUCUGUCUUUAUUUUUAUAAUAACACUUGGCAUUUAACUUCAUAUAUUGAACAAAACAAAAACAGAGGAAAAAAAACAAACUAAUGGUUCAAAACCAGCAAGAAGCUUUCGCCGUCGACAUGCCACAAACCGGUGGCUCCAAGUGCUUCGACGAUGACGGCCGUAUUAAACGAACUGGUAGUGUUUGGACGGCGAGCGCACACAUCAUAACGGCUGUGAUAGGUUCAGGAGUCUUGUCACUAGCGUGGGCUACAGCACAGCUAGGUUGGCUCGCUGGACCGGUGGUGAUGUUGCUCUUCUCCAUCGUCACUUAUUUCACUUCUACUCUCCUGGCAGCAUGCUACCGCUCCGGCGACCCUAUCUCCGGCAAGAGGAACUACACUUACAUGGACGCCGUCCGAUCAAACCUAGGUGGCGUGAAGGUCAAGCUAUGUGGGAUAGUUCAAUAUCUUAAUCUCUUCGGUGUUGCAAUAGGUUACACUAUUGCUUCAGCUAUAAGCAUGAUGGCAAUUAAGAGAUCAAACUGUUUCCACAAAAGUGGAGGGAAAGAUCCAUGUCACAUGAACAGUAACCCUUACAUGAUAGCUUUUGGUCUAGUCCAGAUUAUAUUCUCUCAGAUUCCAGAUUUUGAUCAGCUUUGGUGGCUCUCUAUCCUCGCUGCCGUUAUGUCCUUCACUUAUUCCUCUGCUGGUCUUGCUCUCGGCAUAGCUCAAGUCGUAGCAAAUGGGAAGGUGAAGGGAAGUCUCACAGGGAUUAGCAUAGGAGCUGUGACAGAGACACAGAAGAUAUGGAGAAGCUUCCAAGCUCUUGGAGACAUUGCUUUUGCUUACUCUUACUCCAUCAUCCUCAUAGAGAUUCAGGAUACAGUGAAGUCACCACCAUCAGAAGAGAAAACAAUGAAGAAGGCAACUCUUGUGAGCGUUGGUGUAACGACUAUGUUCUACAUGUUGUGUGGUUGCAUGGGAUAUGCAGCCUUUGGAGACAUGUCUCCAGGGAAUCUCCUAACCGGUUUUGGUUUUUAUAACCCUUAUUGGCUUCUUGACAUUGCAAAUGCAGCCAUUGUGGUUCACCUCGUUGGUGCAUACCAAGUCUAUUGCCAACCUUUAUUCGCUUUCAUCGAGAGACAAGCUUCUACUCGGUUCCCUGAUAGCGACUUCAUUGCUAAGGAGAUCAAGAUUCCUGUGCCAGGGUUCAAGCCUUUCCGCUUGAACUUCUUCAGGUUGAUAUGGCGGACAGUGUUUGUGAUCAUAACAACACUUAUCUCAAUGCUUCUUCCUUUCUUCAACGACGUUGUGGGGUUGCUAGGGGCACUUGGCUUUUGGCCAUUGACGGUUUACUUUCCGGUGGAGAUGUACAUUGAGCAGAAGAAGAUACCUAGAUGGAGCACCCAAUGGGUUUGUCUUCAAGUCUUCAGCUCAGCUUGUUUGGUUGUUAGCAUUGCUGCCGCUGCAGGGUCGAUAGCUGGAGUUGUUCUUGAUCUCAAGUCCUACAAGCCAUUUCAAAGCAACUACUAAAAUAUUCGUCAAAAGAAUCAAGAACUGGAGAACUUGGAGUACUUAUGAGCUUUUUGUGUUUGAUAAGAUAAAAGCAAUAAUGUAAUCUUCUCUUUCAGCUAUAGUAUCCACCAAAGCCUAAUGGCAAGAAACUGUAAUCUUAUAUAUUCCACAUUAAUAUAUACUAAUAGCAGAGGUUUGACAAACAAAUAAGUUUAGAUAAG